AUGCAGAGGUCUUCGGGUACACGGGAACAGCAUGGGCCCUUGCCUGCUGUGAGUGCCUCAAAGAAAGAGCAGAAGACAAGGCUGAAGAGACACCUGGAUCAAGGACUGAUAAAGAAUAUGGCUGUUGCUCCUAAAUUCUACAAGCAUGGCAAGAAGCUGGCUGGUGUAGCCGAAAGCCGCAAUGGGCAGGAGAGCGCUGUGCACAGGAGUGAGGCCAUGUCCCACAAAGUUCCGCAGGAGCAGGGAAGUUCUCAGGGAACACAUAUGCCUAGCCAGCAGAGAGAAUGGGCAAUUCUGCCCAAUGUUCCAGUGACCUUGGAGCAGCAACCAGUGAUUUCUUUUUCCUGGGCACCUCGUAAUCCAUCUUUCAGGCCCCAAAGAUUUUCAAGUGUGACCCUGCAACCCAGUGCUCCCCCUGGCCCUCUUCUUCUGCAGCCACAGGUCCCUAAUGCCACCAAGCAGGAUUCUGUUGUUGCUGUCUUAGAGUGGCAGAGGAAGCUGGAGGCUGCCGAGGCUCUGUUGGCCCUGAAAAACUCUUCUCAGGGUCCUCGUGAUUCCGCCUCUCUGCCACGUCAUGGCAGCAUGCCAGGUGAUGAUGGAGAGGGAGGACCGCAGCCUCCUAGUUCCCACCUGCCACCAAAGCCUGCCAGCUCUGUCUCACUUUCUGGACAUCUGGAGUGCAUGUCCUACUUGACCUGAGAGCCCGGAGUAGGAGGCCUCUCUAGA